AUGGAUAGAUUUGAUAGUGCAGUUGCAUUUGCUUUACAAAAAAAUGGAUAUAGUGAAUUAAGAGAAAAUCAAAGGGCAGUAACUGAACAGUAUGUGAAUGGAAAUGAUGCAUUAUUAUGUUCUCCCACAGGAAGUGGAAAAAGCUUAAUAUUUGAGAUGGCUCCAUUCAUGUUUCAAUACAUGGAGAACAAAGAUAAAGAAUGCACAUGUUUAGUUGUUUCACCAUUAACUGCCCUUAUGAAUGCACAGGUGGAAAAGUUGACAAAGAAAAACAUCAAAGCAAUCUAUUUCAAAGAUAAUGAACAAAAAGGAAGACAUGUUUAUUAUGACAUUGAGAAUGGAAAAUAUGAGCUCAUAUUCGCAAGUCCUGAGACAAUAUUGCUACACAGUCGGGCACUGGUCACAUCACUUUCUAAAAGAGGUUUUUGA